AUGGCUGAGGACGGAAUUGAAUUGAAGAACGAAGAAGCAGAGUUCAUAGCUCUACCGAAUGAAGUUUAUAUCCAAGCAUUGCAUGAAGUCAUUAAGAAUAAUUGCAAUUUAACCGAAGAUCAAUACGAAAUCCAAUGCUGCGCUGGUUCUGCAAAAGGUGACAACUAUAUAGGCAUUGUGUACCGCGUAUCCGUUAAGAGCAAACAAGACAAUUCAGUUAAAUUAAAUUUGAUUGUUAAAUUGCCACCGCAAAAUGCAGCUAGGCGAGAACAAUUUUUCGUACGACCAUGCUUUAUUCGCGAAGCAGAUUUUUAUAAUAAUCUGUAUCCAAUGUACAAGCAAUUUCAAGAAGAGAAAGGAAUUGACGUUGAAAAGGAUGGAUUUCAUGAAAUUCCAUUUUGUUUCAAAGCUCUUACUGACGAUCCUUUUGAAGGACUUUAUUUUGAUGAUUUAAAAGCCAGUGGAUUUGAAAUGUUUGAUAGAUUUCAAAAUGUCACAAAGGAGCAAGUUCUUAUCGUCAUGAAGACUCUCGCAAAAAUGCAUGCAGUAUUCUAUUGCAUUAAGGAUCAAAAGCCUGAAUUAAUUGAACAUUAUCGUGACAUGGUUGAUAUAUUUUUGCAACGUAAAGGCGAUGAGAAUAUGAAUGUUUGGUUUGAAAGUGUUAAGAAUCGAUCCAAAGACACUAUUACAGAAUGUGGAAAUGAGGAUAUGAUUAAGAAAGUUAAUGACUUGCUGUCUUUGGAUUUCUUCGAACUUUUGGAGACCUGCAUCAAUGGAGAAGCAGCUGAACCUUAUGCUAUAGUGUGUCAUGGAGAUUGCUGGAACAACAACAUUAUGUACAAAUAUGAUCAAAGCGGAACUCCAAAUGCUAUUCGUUUGUUGGACUUUCAAAUUAUACGCUAUAGCUCGCCUGUUUUGGAUCUGAUGUACUAUAUCUUUGGAUGCACUGUUAAGUCAUUGAGAGAUAAGCAUUAUCAAGAAUUUUUGGACGUCUAUUAUGACACGUUGGCAGAUUUUAUUAAGCGGCUUGGAUCUAACCCAGACAAAGUAUUCCCACGCGAAGCAUUUAAUGAGCAUAUAAAGAAAUUUGGAAAAUUUGGUUUUAUCAUGGCUAUGAUGGUUUUACCAAUGUUCACAGCUAAUGCUGAAGAUAUUCCAGACAUGGAUGCAAUGGCAGAAAAAUUUCAGGAUUUGAAGGAAACUGGCGAGAAAUUAGAUCCUUCAGAAAUUGUCGACUUUUCAUCAUUUAAGACCGUUGAUGUUUUCAAUGAGCGAAUGAGAGAUGUCAUUCAGGAUAUGUAUGAUUUUGGGUAUUUUUAA